GCCCGCCCACGCGCCAUGGAGGAGGAGAAGGCGGAGAAGGACCCGCCGCAGCCCCCGCGGGUCGUGGGGGACUACGAGCUGCAGGAGAUGGUCGGCAAGGGCACCUUCGCGGAGGUCUUCCGCGCCGCGCACCGCCCCACCGGCGCGCGCGUCGCCGUCAAGGAGAUCGACCGCCGCCGCGUCGACGACUACGUGCGCCGCGGCAUACUGCAGGAGAUGGCCAUCCUCGGCAGCCUAUCCCACCCCAACAUCCUCCGGCUCGUCGACACCAUCGAGACGGGGGAGAAGCUGUUACUCGUACUGGAGUACUGCGACGGGGGAGACCUAGAGGCCUACAGGCAGGCGCACGGCGGCGCGCGCAACCGGCUGCCGGAGGCCGUCGCCAGGGACUUCACCCGCCAGCUCGCCGAGGGGCUCAAGGUGCUUCGGGGCCAGAGGAUCGUGCACCGGGACCUCAAACCACAGAACCUUCUGCUAUCAACUAAUGGAGAUGCCAUUACACUGAAAAUUGGCGAUUUCGGGUUUGCUAGAUCUCUGAUGCAUGAAAAUUUGGCUGCCACAUUUUGUGGCUCUCCAUAUUAUAUGGCCCCAGAAAUCUGGCGGGGGGAUAAAUAUGAUGCAAAGGCAGAUCUAUGGAGUGUUGGAGUCAUACUAUUCCAGCUAGUAACAGGGGAGUUACCAUUUCUUGGGGAAAACAGAGUCCAGCUGCGUGAAAAAGUCCUGACAUCCAAUGGCCUUAGUUUCCCGCCAGAUAUGGAGGCUGAUUUACAUCCUGAUUUCAUUGACCUGUGCAGAAGACUCAUAUGCCUUGAUCCAGCGGAGAGAAUGCCUUUUGAGGAAUUCUUUAAUCACAAGUUUUUGGCAACAUCAAGGGAAAGUGAAAUUAUCAGCGAGUCCCAUCAUGAUCUUGAUUUGAAGGAUACAUGCCAGACUGUCUCUACUGCUAUCAUCAAAGUAAAUUCUGAAACUGCGGAUCCAAAAGUAUUUGAUUCAUGGGAGUGGAUUGAACGAGAAUAUGUACUAGUUCACGCGAACACCACUUCUGUGGAAAUGCUAUCUUUACUUGAGAAGUCAAUGAAAGAUUUCACAGGUGCAAGAUCCCGCGGUGAUGACAGGUUGACUUGCAAAGAGUCUGUUCAGAACCAAAACAGAAGCUCCCUCUGUAGAGUGGUUACUAUGAAAAACCAUGGAUGUACUCCACAGUCCGCUUUGCAUGAGUCAAUUUCUAUGGAAAAUCUGCGAGGGAGGCCACUUGAUUGUUAUACAAGGCUUCAGCUACUGAAUCAGUAUAUUGUUAUUCUCACAGAACUUGCUCAGGAGAAGCUUCUUAAAGGGCUUGACCUGGAGGCUCUGUCACUUGAACUUGUAAUACUUGCUGUCUGGAAAGAGGCACUUAGUGCAUCUAGCUUAUUGGUGGAUGCUUCAGAUGAUGGACAAUUUUCAACAUCUGCAGACAAGAAUUUCCUGCCAAAGAGUGAGGAUCGUCUAUCACCAAAUGUAGCACAAGGAUUGGAUUUCACUAGGUUGGCUUCUGUUUGUUACUGGGCUGAAAGUGGGUUUAUCAAGGCAUAUGACCGCGCAGAGAAGAUAUCACAUAGGUUGCGGGAGAACAAUGAUAACACUGAGAUGCCAGAUGCGAUGGAAAUCAUAUUCCAAAAUGCUUUAGUAUAUGGGAGAGGCGGUGCUGCAAAGGAACUUUUGGGAUGCCAAAGCAAAUCAAUUGCACUGUACUCAAAAGCAAUCAUCCUGCUCACGUUUAUAUUGCAGGAAGCAGCUUCCUUGCCGCUAAAUCCAGUCUUCUCCCUAUCACCAUUCAACCAGCAGCGUCUCCAUAGGUACAUAGCUAAUUUGAGGAGUCAUCUCUGCAGUGCUCAAUUGACCGGGCAACAGCAGAGGUCCAUCAAGAACUAACUUAUUCAUGGGAAACAUGAUUUCACGAGAUUUGGAGGAUUAUAUCCAUGGCAGUCAGAGCAUUAGUCUUUCCCCUCCAACCUUUUUGUCUAGGAGGCGUCAGAUGCAUUGGAGAACUUCUGCUAGCGUGAAUUGUGAUGUUUAUAUUUGCAGAACACAUGGUUCAUGUGCUCUGUCUUUUGUAUAUAACACUUCUGAGCUGUACAGUUAUUUCCAGUUAAGUUGAAAUGACUACUUGGAGUUGUAUAUAAACAUAAAAGGUGAAGCCUGUAAAUUGGAAAAAGAAUUCCAGAUCGUUCUUCCACUGUAUUUGCCCCUCUUUGCUAUCAGUAGUUGAAUGUAGAAGGGAACACAAGUGAGUUUUGUUGUCA